AUGUGCUUCUCUGAUUGGCUGCGGUUCCGCCAGGCGUGGUCGCUUGUGCUGCUGAGCGUGCGCGUGAACGUGAGCGGGGUGCAAUUCGACCGCGUGCUGUCCGUCUUCCUCGGCAACUUCGAGGUCUCCAGAUCCAUUACGGUGGAGCCUUUGGGCGUGUCGGCAUCCCCUUCUCCCGCUCACAUCUUUUCCUCUUCUUACGAUCCCUUGUUCCUGCCGUCCUUUUUUCCUCCCCAUUGCCUCCUUCCCUCCUUCCCCUCUCGCCUCCUUGCUCCAUUAACCUGCUUCAUCUCUCUCCUGCUCGACCCAUCCCACCCUGUGCCCCCCCCCCCUCCCUGCCUCCCUGCCCUCCCUGCUCCCCCCUUCCUCCCAACCCUCCCUGCUCCCCCCUACCUCCCUACCCUCCCUGCUCCCCCCUGCCUCCCUACCCUCCCUGCUCCCCCCUGCCUCCCUACCCUUGCUACUCUGCCCCAGGCUCCUGUGCCUUCCAUCGUAAGCACUCUCAUCGUGCCUUCUGCUUGA